AUGACCGAAAUUUACAGAACAAUUUCCACCGGACGAAGAGACGACGUUUCGCCGACUAAAUGCCGUGAGCGCCGUCGACGGAGAAUCGAGAUGCGGAGGCAAGCGGCAGUUUUCGGCGAUCCCACUUUCCCGUCAUCAUCGUCUAGGAAUCGAGAUCGGACGGACCAGGAGGUUUUCUCAAACUUCGUUCCAUUGAAGAAACAGGCACGGAGGUCGGAGAUCGGCGGUCUUCCCGGAGAUAUCGGAGGUUUCUUAUCGUCUCCGGCUUCUUCCCACCGGAAAUCUGAAAAUCCAAACCGGAAGGUAGAAGAAACGGAAAAUGAGCCGAUGUACGGAAUCGUUUCCGUGAUGGGAAGAUCCCGUAAGAUGGAAGAUACGGUUACUGUUAAACCGAGUUUAUCUCGACCGGAGAUUAACCGGCAAAAACCGGUUCAUUUCUUCGCCGUAUACGAUGGCCAUGGCGGUUCUCAGGUGUCAACACUGUGCAGCACGACGAUGCACACGUUAGUGAAGGAGGAGCUGGAGCAACCAGAGGAGGAAGCCGAAGAAGGAAACGAAAACGACGACGUCGUGGAGAGGAAAUGGCGGGGAGUGAUGAAACGGAGUUUCGAGAGGAUGGAUGAGCUGGCGACGAGCACGUGCGUCUGCGGAACCGCCGUGUCGCUGUGCAAGUGCGAUCCGAGGGAAGCUGCGAUUUCUGGUUCCACGGCGGUGACGGCGGUUCUGACGCAAGAGCAUAUAGUCGUAGCGAAUACUGGUGACUCACGCGCGGUGUUGUGUCGAAGUGGAAUGGCUAUUCCUUUGAGUGAUGAUCAUAAGCCGGAUAGACCAGACGAGCGAGCGAGGAUCGAAGCAGCUGGUGGUCGGGUUUUAGUAGUGGACGGAGCUAGGGUCGAAGGGAUUCUAGCCACGUCAAGGGCCAUAGGGGAUAGGUAUUUAAAACCAAUAGUAGCAUGGGAACCAGAAGUAACAUUCAUGAGAAGAGAAACAGGAGAUGAAUGCUUAAUAUUAGCGAGCGAUGGGCUUUGGGACGUGCUCUCGAGUCAGCUAGCUUGCGACAUAGCUAGGUUUUGUCUACGUGAGGAUACUCCUUCGAGCCUUGAUUUGAACAGAACGGCUCAAGAAGACGACAACGGAGGAGGGGGAGGAUCAUCAUCAGAACAAAAUCCUUCCAGGAGUGUAUUGGCUGCAACGUUGCUUACACGGUUGGCUUUGGGUAGACAAAGCAGUGACAAUAUAAGUGUGGUUGUCGUUGAUCUCAAGAAUAGCUCUCGAUAA